UGUGUGUGUGUUGCGUAUAUGUGGGUGAGUAGUAAGGGGAGCGAGCGCUGCAUAGAGAAAGAGCACUCAACGCUCGCGCAGGCAGAGAGUGGGAAUAUAGUGCGCGGUGGCAUGGCUUCCUCUCACGGGAAAAGCGAACCCAGGUUCGCCGACUGGAUGGCAAAUUUACCGGAGAGCAUGCACAGCAUCCCGCUCACCAACCUGGCCAUUCCUGGUUCACAUGAUUCGUUCAGUUUCUACAUAGAUGAGUCCUCUCCGGUUGGUCCUGAGCAGACUGAUGCCGUCCAGAACUUUGUGUCCGUCUUCGGCACGGUGGCCAAGAAGCUGAUGCGCAAAUGGCUCGCCACUCAGACCAUGAACUUCUCCAGCCAGCUGGAGGCCGGCGUCCGCUUCUUUGACCUGCGCAUCUCCACCAAGCCCCGAGACCCAGACAACGAGCUCUUCUUCGCUCACGGUCUCUUCAGCGCCACGGUGAGAGAAGGCCUGGAGCAGAUCAGCUCCUUCCUGUCGGCCCAUGCCAGAGAGGUGGUGUUCCUGGACUUUAACCACUUCUACGGGGUUCAGAACCUGCACCAUGAGAAGCUGGUCUCAAUGCUGAGGGAUGUGUUCGGGGAGAAACUCUGCCCUGUCGUCUUCGCUCAGGAGGUGAGUCUCCAGUACCUGUGGGAGAAUGAGUACCAGGUAUUGGUGUUCUAUCAUAGUCCUAUGGCCCUGGAGGUGCCCUUCCUGUGGCCGGGUCAGAUGAUGCCGGCUCCCUGGGCCAACACCACUGACCCUGACAAGCUGAUCCAGUUCCUCCAGGCCUCUGUGGCUGACCGCAGGAGGAAGGGAACAUUCUUUGUCUCCCAAGUGGUCCUGACACCUAAGGCCAGCACUGUCAUGAAAGGAGUCGCUAGCGGACUGAGGGAGACCAUUACAGAAAGGGCUCUUCCACGUAUGAUGCUGUGGAUCCGUGCCCAGAGGCCGGGAGAGAGCGGCAUCAACAUCAUCACAGCUGACUUCGUAGAGCUGGGAGACUUCGUCAGUGCUGUCAUCACUCUUAACUACCAUAUGGAAGACGAGGAAGAAAACGCCACCUGAGACUGACCGACGGGGUGGUUUAGAGUUCAAUCCUCAGCCAUGUGAGGCUACGCUCGCUCUCUCGCCCUUUCUCUUUGGUGUUCAUUUUUAGGAAGAGAGGCGGUCCUCUGACUUUUCUAGGGCUACGAUAGUUGACAGAGAGGGAGGAGGGAGGGAGCGAAUGAGCGGGGAGGGAGGGAGAGAUGGGGGAGGUGGAGGAAGGUAGGUAGAGGGAGGGAGGAGAAGAGAGAGGGAGAAUGGACUUGAUUGCUCGGUGAGAGAAACUUUUGUUUUUAUAUUUUCUGGGGGUCAAAAGGGCAAUUGUUUUUUAAUGACACUUCGCUUCACAUCUGCUGUAACGAUAACUGCUUCUAUCCUCUGAUCACACAAGCAAUGUUCCUGGCCUUUCCACUUCUUGUGAGGCUAAGACUAGCUUAUUAGAGUGUUCUACAAACAUAAAUGUUGUUCGUAUUUUAGUGACUGUGAUGGUCAACCUUCAUCAAAAUUAAUCUUCAUUGGUGCAAGUAAUACAGCUUAUGGUCGUCAACCUGAUUCGCAUGUCAACUACUCACAUAUGGCAUACAAAUGUACUUGGCAUACUAAACUUGCUUGGCAUACACAAUUCACUUAGGUUGCCACAAUUGAAUUUUGCAGAGCAAAAGUUUUUUGACCUCUUGAGAAGGUCAAAACUAGGAUAUUCUGACUAUUUUGUCUCAGAAUCGUUCCCGUCAUCACAGUACAUAUAUUGUUGCCUUCUCCCUGCACAUUAGUUAAUCUUCUUGUAAAUUAUUGACAUUUUCUUCUGUUUUGAAAGAUGUGUAGACUGUGAGCUCAUCUCAUCCUUGUGUUCAUUUAUAUUAGAAUAGAUUAACUAUCUGUUGCUCUACUUCUAUUCAGGUGUUUGCCUGCUUUUUUUGCGUUCCAUCUAGUAGAAAGAUGUUUCCCAUGCUUUGCACCUAUUGGGACAAACUCUAAAUGCUCAUCGAGGAAGGCAAAUCAUAUUUGAAGUGGCACUUGCAGCAUAGUGAAGAAUGAUAGAAUAAAACCUGUAUCACUUUGUUUUUGCUUAAAUUUCAAUUAAACAUUAUGCAAGCAAGAACAUAAUUGCAUAUGUAUCAAACGCUUUUCCCUCAUUUCUCCAAAAAACAACUAUUAAGAUUAUUGUUGCAUCUUUUACAGAGAAUGUAUUCUUUGAGGAAACAUUUAUGUAAACUAUUAUGAUUAAUGUGAACUAAACAAUAAGGAAAUGUUCAAAAAAAGGUAAUGUGUAUUUGUGUGUCUUGUGCGUAAACGGAUCAUUUCCAACAUUUUUUUCAGUUCUGUUUUUAUUUGAGAAAGAGAGAGACAGACAGAGGGAGUGAGGGAGAGAUUGUUUAAGUGUGUGGGUUUUAUGUGUAUUGUUCAAAGAGUUGUGAACAUUUUCAUACUAUUUCUAUGUGCCAAUGACUUCAUUAUGAUUUAAUCUUAAAUUAUAUUUCAUAUCAUGUGAAAAGCUUGUAUAUAGUGUAAGUGCAAUGGAUUUAUCACCAUUUAAUUGUAAAUGAAAAUGAAUGCCAAGAAAUGCUUCGACAGAAAUAUCUCAGUUUUAACAAAUAUAUGGCCAAAACAUGCUUUGUCGAUCUGACAGUAAGACUAUAUUUUUUGUAACUAAUUAACUGUGCAUGAAUCAAAAGAUAUUUGUAAAUAUAUUGCUUGUCUCUCGGUGGAUUCACUGAUUUUGGAUGACCAGACUAACUACUUGAGUUGUUUGCACUGCAACAGUUAAACAUGACCAGACUUAGGACAUUCAAUAACUAAAACAAUUUUACCUAUUUUUUUUGGACUAAGUAUAUUUUUCACUUCGACUCUGAGAGACUAUUAUAUACCCAUGUAAUAAACUUGAAAUACACAGUAUAAAAAUCAGUUUACUUUAUAAGUCAUCCAGUGUUGACAUAAUUCUACUUCAUCCAUCUUGCAGUCAUUGCAUUGCUGUUCUUUUAUUUGUGAUAAGUCUAUCGCUGUAAAAUUGUUGUAAAGACCAAACCUUGUGUGUUACAAUGAGACAGAUUAUGUUUUAAGUGGGUGAUGCCCAAUCAAAUAAAGCUAUAUGUCUAUAUGACUCUC